UUAAAAUUCUUCUGUCAAUUUUCCCCGCAAUUGUUCAAUGACUAAAAAAUACUUUCUUGUGGUUAAGAAAAAAAAAUAAGCUGCGACACAAUCAAUUACGGUUGAAUCGUUCGCAGUGAUUUGAUAAUAAUACAAAAACAAGUGAACUCGGUCACUCAUUCGUUUGUAUGCCGUGGGGGACGUUCGAGUGUGAAAAAGGAAAGAAAAAUCAUGUGGGUUAAACGCAACGUGGUCUCUCCAAACUGACACAUUGUAAAACGCAGAGAAUCACGUUUGAAAUUGAAAAGAGAGGUCUCAACGGUCCCUGGGGCGUCGCGAAUAGCAUACGAAUGCCGGUGUCCGACAGAGUCGCACUUUUGCCGAGUCCCAUAGACUAUCGCAUCUUCCGCGAACUUCUCCCUUCCUCCACACUUUUCGGACUUUCCGCGCCUCCUUUCUCCUUUUACUUACCGCCUGGACAAACGUUCGAACACUGUUCACCGCGGAUCACAGACUGGUUCACCUCCGUUACGCACGUGUCUUCGGUUUUAUAUGUGGUCCGCUUGUUAUAUUUUGAAUUUUUUCAUACAAAUCUCCCGGAAACUGUAUCACAAGAUCGUUAAUUCAAUAACUCAAACGAAAUGAAACUGCUCGGAUUGUGCCUGAUCCUCUUCGUCACACCGUUCAAUCGGGUUCACGCCGAAAGCAUUGCCCAAGACCUUCCAGUUCGAGCAACUGACGUCAAAUCUCAAGAAUCUCGUUCGACGACAGAGUACCCGGUUUCAGAAAAUCACACGACACUCACCCAAGAUCGGAUCGGCUUGGAAGCUUUUGAAAAACUCAUCGACCAUCUCCUCAGCCCCGACGAUGCAGCUGUGGAAGGUCCCGAUGCUGGAGAGGGCAGAACUUUCGGCGUCAAGCGUUUACAGUUUAUGCUCAUGCCGAUGAUGUACAAAAUGGGAGUUAUGAUGACGAUGCUCGUGGUCCUCACGGUGAUUUCUCUGAAGAGUCUCGCGAUCGGAGUUCUUCUACUCGUUUUGAAGCUUGCUGCUUUCUUCGGAAAAUUCUAUGCCCAAAGCCCUGGACAUGGUUGGUCACCACCCCCUCAGCCGGUUCAUCUUCACGUUCACAACAACGGAGGAGGGCAUCACCAACCUCUUCACAACGGAUGGGAAUCCGCCAGUGGAUACGGAGAUGACGAACACUAUUACUACAAGGGUUGACGAUCUCCCAUCGAAUUAGGCUGUAUAAACGAUCGAGUGAUCAUCACCGAUAGCCAUAUUACAAAAAUUUCUUGUAGGUAUUUCUACGGAAGCGAAUAUUGAAAUUUCCUUAAUGACUUUACCAGCAGUAUUAGUUUACUUACCGUGCAAACGGAUUCGACUGUCGCAUCAUUGAUCGAUACGUCGAGCGAUCUAAAUCAUUCGGGAUCAAUGAGAGUUUCCAUGUUUUAUAGGAAAUUGAGAAAACGUUACCAGAAUAAUGAGAGUAGAUUUUACCAUUGAAAGUUGUAAAGCAUGAAGAGAAAUUGUAACAUUCUUUCCUCCCUCAUUCAAUAACCACUUUGGUUCACAAAAAUCGAUGCUAUUUCGAUUAAAAGUUAUUUUUCUAUUCGUCAGCCUACGGUGGAACUGUCGAGUCUAUGAAUUCAAUUAGUUUAAUAAAAGUAAAAAAUGAUUUGUUAAAUUUCACAAUAUUUAGUCAAUCAUGAAAAUUGCCUCAUAAAGGAAAGUAACAGAUUUGAAAUCAGUUCAACGUCUGAUUGAACAAUUGUUUUAAUGCCAUUGUUUACACAACUUUAUUAAUACGUAUGUAUGUGUUUGUAUGUGUAUGUGUAUGAUGUGUAUGCAACUAUUAUUUCCUGCGACGAUCGAGUCUUUGGUGUAAGGAAAUAAUGAUGCAACUCAGGGAACAAAGCAGCUCAUGCGCUCAAAGUCCGAUUCAAAUAUCCAACCCCCUUGAAGCAGAGAAUUCGAAUUUUCCUGGAGAAUGAAUUUUUAUCAGUUUCAAUAGAAAAAUAAAAUUGGCGUUUCCAGAGUCAAAGUCGCGGUCCAUGAACAAACUACGUGCACACAUUUUCAUAUCCAAUGUCAGCGAAACGUCAAUUGAAAUUAGUUGAUAUUGGAUAUCAGAUCGAUGGAUGCAACAGUGAAAGAAAGAAUAUAUAGGCAAGAAACUGCAAGUUUUUCCGUGUUUUCUUACUUGCUCUUUUCCUACUUUCUUCUGGUACACGUGCGAUUCGAUAAAACGAGAUACUAUAAGAGACAUACGACCAAAACCGAGAGACCAAAACUAUUGUAUACCGUGCAUACCUCACCAUUUUAUUUAUUUAUUUAUUUAUUUAUUUAUUUAUUCAUACAUUUAUUCGAAUAUCUGAGUAACUCUUUAUUAAGUUUCUGCGCACGUAUCCACACGAAUGUAAACAUCAGUUUCCACACCGUUACUAUGUACGCAAAAUUGCAUAAAUUGUAAAUGAAAUAAACCGUUUGUAGCCACCAUAACCAUGUGUUUGAUGAUAAUUUGUAUAAUUUAGUCGAUUAAAUAAAAUAAUACAAUAAUUUAUUAA